UAGUUAAACCUGUGUGGGAAAGGGGAGGGGUUGGCGUGUUAGGUUUUCUCUCUUUUUUUUGGCGUUCGUAAGUAUUGGUACGCUUUGGAGUUGCUAUUUCGCUCCGAACCGGGUAGGAUCGACCGUUUUGCUGUAGCGAAAUGCAAGCCAUGGCACGGGCCACUUACUGCGAUGCGAGAGCAACACUCGACCUCUAUAGAAAGCCAGAAGAGAAGAGAGUACCACUGAAAAGCUGGGGCAAUAUCUGCCAAGUGUCCAAGGAUCGGAGACAGCAGCCUGACGAGGAGGAGGAGGAGAUGAAGAUCCGCAGGAAGCCGGAGACAGAGAGAAGAAAGCAGAGGCGGAGGCUGGGGAUCUGUGGUGGGAUCGAUGAUGUCGCGGCAGAAAGCGUGGAGAAUCUAAAGAUCUGCCGGAGUCAAGCAGAGCUUUCCGACGGUGAGGAGCAGCUCAGCCGGCUGCGCAGUGUCGGCCUCGCCCCAGUGCCCCGCCCCCUGCUGAGAGCGCUGGAAGAGGCCAUGGUCACACUGGGGUUGAGCUACGAGAGGGAAUACUCCUGGGACAUCUUCUCAGCCAUGAUGCGGAAGCAGUCGAGCUGUGCAUUUAAGAGCUCCGAACUCCCCAGGGGGUUCACAGACUACAUGCGGGCUAUACUGGUGGACUGGCUCACACAGGUGCAUGAAUCGUUCAGAUGUACGGAGGAGACCCUGUACCUCUGUGUUCACCUGCUGAACAGCUCCAUGCGUCUGUCUAAAGUCAACAUCCCCACCUUCCAGCUGCUGGGAAUGGCCUGUCUCUUCGUGGCCUGCAAGAAGGAGGAGUGUCUGUUUCCAGAGUCAACGGAGCUCUGCUUCCUCAUGGAGAACUGCUUCACCAGGAAGCAGCUGCUGAGAAUGGAACGCAAGGUUCUGACCUGCCUCAAGUUUGACCUCUCCUACUCCCAGCCCCUCCACUUCCUCUACAUCGUCCACACCGUGUCCCAGUGCAGCCAGCAGGUGCUGCAUCUGGCCAAGUACUUCCUGGAACUGACUCUGAUGAAUAUAGAGUGCAUCGUGUGCGAGCCAGCCCAGUUAGCUGCUGCUGCCCUCUGUCUGGCGAGGAGGGUACUGCAGGAGAGGAGCUCCCCAGGGGCUGAGGAGGCCUGGACCAGAGCUGUGAGCCUUUACAGCGUCAGUGAAUCGGCGCUCUGCAGGAUCAAGCGGUGCAUGGCCAGAGCAGCCCUCUGUGCAGAAAACUCUGAGACUCGAGCCACAUUCAUGAAGUACUCCGCCCCUGAGAGAAUGGAGGUCAGCAUCAACUCCACCGUCCUCUGCUCACGAUACCUUCUGGACUGUGUGUAGCCGACCACGCCACACUCACAGCAGUGAAUAGGUUCUCCAUGCAAUAGUUGUCUUAUCUCGCUGCCGGAAACCAAGGACAAGAUCAAAUUUAGGUCAAAUCAAACAAGUGUCUUUAAUUGUGAUUUUAGACUGCCAGCUUUUGAACGCAACAAGUUUCAAGCAGGUCCACAAAAUAAAUCGGAUGCACAGAAAAAGGACCACAGAUUUAACUUCUCUUGUGAGGUCUGUGUGAAAUUGGCAGUGAUAUAAAAUCGAAACGCACUGCGCUUCUCGGCUGAAGUAAAUACCCAAAAUGCUGUUGGACACGACGAUGGUUUGAAAUCUCUGUUGGAAAUAGUGCUAAUAAGUACAGUAAUUAAACGAACGGUCAACGGAAGUCAUUCAAAUAAUAUAUAUAAAUAGUAUUUGAUAUUGUGAAUAACAUUUUUGGUGCAAUUGUUGGUUUAUAAUGUAAAUAUUUAUGUUUUUAAGUUAUCAUUGUUGUAUAACCUGCCUAGAAAUAAACAUUGUUUUAGAAUUGUGAAAAUAAAGAGUAUUUUAUAGAAUGUUAUUAAAAUGUCAUUAAAAGAGACUGGUGUACGCCCUGAUGUUUUGGUGUGGUUUGAUUUUCCAGAGAAGAGGAACUAGGCUGAAAAGAGGGAAUUUCAGUGAAGUUUAUGAAAUCCCAAAUGUUAUAGUUACCCCAAGUCACUGCUCUACAUUUAGCACAGAGUAGGGUGAGAGUGUAUCAAUGGAGAGGGACGUUUUUACACGGGUUAUAGAUGCAUUGAAUAACCUACCAGGUGAAGUACC